ACGGGGCGGCCGGGCGGCGGCGCUGGAAGAUUAAGGGAGAGAGCGGCGGAGGAGAGACAGAGUGUUUUAAUAUGUUGACCUCAUCGUAUUCCAUGAAAUCUGUCUCUUUUCAAGGCAUAGGACUGAAAACCUACAGUAAGUGGAAUGUCCCCAGUCUGGCCAGUACUGAAAUCUCAAGAAGGAAGAAGAGCAAACGAAUCAAAUCAAACUUUUUUGGUAUUGAGGUCUUGGACCAUCUUGAAUGGCUGAACUGGGAUCCGGGGAUAGAAUCCACCAAACAUCUAAUAUUAAAGAACGUACAGUUCAAAACUCAAAAACUCAAGUACAGCUCUCCAUCCACUGAAUUCUUCACUACGCUGUUCCCACAGUCAGUGGUCUUGGGUGCAGGGACCUCUUACUCUCUGCCAGUCACUUUUUGUGCUCUUGAGAAGAAAGACUAUGAGGAUUGCAUUGUGUUUGAGACGAAAACCGGGUCAUUUACUAUUCAGCUGCGUGCUUCUCUGCCCUCCCAUGAUGUGGAGAUACCUGAUUGGCUGUGCAUACCACCAUGUGGAGUCUACGAAAACUCAGAGGUCACAUUUUACUUGCAUAACAAUAGUCAGCUGCCCACACGCUUCUAUUUUGAAGUGCCCAGUCCUUUCGUUUUAGUGCCAUCUAAUGGCAUACUGCCACCAUGGGAUGAUUACAAGAUUAAGGUUCAGUUCAAACCAGAGACCCCUAAUAUAUUUGAUGCAAUUGCUAUCUGCAAAUUUGGAGAUGAUAAAAGUGAGAAAUAUUUAAAGCUGGAAGCAACAGCCAAAUACCCUCAUCUGUUGGUGAGUGCACUAAAUGAAGAGUCACAGACAUCCUCACAGGAGGAUACACAGAGCAUCCUAAACUUUGGACAUGUUGCUGUUGGCAGCACUGUUAUGAAAUUUAUGGAGAUUCAUAACUUCUCAGUGGUGAACAGUUCAUUUCAAAUCAUGCAUAACCAGCACCCUGCACCACUCAACUCGGAAUUUGUUUGUGAGGUCAGUGAGGGCACUGUUCAAGCCAGCGGCAGGUACCAGAUCCCCAUUAUGUUCACUCCUCAGACUGUUGGUACUCAAAGUGUCGAUUACUUCCAUGUGGUGCGGCCCAACAACAGCUCUACAUCCGUGCUGAAGACGAUUGGAUCAUGUAAAGGUACAAAUUAUUUCCAACAGGAUAAAGCCAAGCUGAAACAAUACAAAAUCACUAAUAAGAUGUCCUAUAAAGCUCCUGAUCCUUUGUUUGUGGAUCUAAUUGGCACUUGCCACACGGACCAGUUGACGCCAGCAAUUCUGAAGCCCAGACACAUUGAGCUGUACCGUACUAACAUGGUGCGUGGACUGACAUUCUACCCACCUGAUAUAUUGAGUAUGAUGCUACAGGAGGGCAAACUGCAGCUCCUUGCUGAUGGCACGCUGAUUUUGGCUCCUGAUCAAUGUUGCAUGAUUGCCGAGAAGAGCGAUAAUGAGGACUAUCCAACGGCUCCAAUAUUGUUCCCCAAUAUUCCUUCUAUUGUUGAGUAUUUUGACGAUGGCAUCCAAAAUGAUGUUACCAUGUUUCCACCUCAUGUUUCAGUCAGUGAGAGAAAGUUAGAUUUCGGCAAGUGCCUGGAGCUCAGCCAGAUUAACCCUCUUCCUCUUUCAAUGACGAAUCACACAAAAGGCAAGGUCACAGUUCUCUGGACAUCUCCAUCAGGCAGCAUCUUCACUGUGGUACCACAAACCAUCGACAUCCCUCCUUUGAAGAGUAUGGCUUUCCGCAUCUAUUUCACUCCUGAUAAGCUCAAUAUGCUAUAUGCAGCUGAACUGGAAUGCUUUGCUUAUUAUAAGGUCAUACGUGAUUACCGUUUAGUGGAUGACAGGACAUUCUGUCCACCAUGGUCCGUCACAGUAAGUGUGCAAGCGAACACCUUCCAGCCAGGACAUGAGCAUUUCAUUCCCAAAUGUGUCCUUGAGUCUCUUGAAGUGGUGUUGCCAGCAGUGAAUGAGAAAGGAACGAUUUACAAGACCCUGCUGCUCAAGAAUACAGGGAACAUGGUCAUUACCUUUUCUGUGGAAAAGCAGCAUGAAAGCACCAUCAGAAUCAAACCAGAUGUAGGUUUUGUGCUCCCUCAAACACAUCAGAUAUUGACAGUGCGAGGGACCCCACAGAAUGAGAGCCUUACCAAACACACAGUGCUACUACAUCUGAAUGCCUCAGAGAAAUUCAAUCAGGAGAUUAGGUUGUACUCCAUGGUUGAAAAGCCACAGAUAAUUCUGGAUGGAAAUGGAUAUCUGUACUUUAAGCCAACAUGUGUUGGCACUUUGUCGGAACGAUCCUAUCUCAUUAAGAAUGUGUGUCGGAUGCCAUUGUACUUUCAAUGGAAGAUAUCAACAGCUAACUCCAGGGUCUUGUCUGUUCAACCAACUUUUGGGAUCAUUCAGGCCAACGAAGCACUGACACAAACUUGGUCUUUCUAUCCACAAGAACAGCGGAAAUAUUUCCUGAAACCUUACAUUUUCAUAUGGGGAGUGAAAGGUCCACACUGCCCAGACCUAGGGAAGAAGAUCCGCCUCACCCUCCGAGUAGUUGGUGAAGGAUCAAAGGGCAGAAUAACGGCUGAGAAAGACCAUAUACAUUUGGGAGACAUCCUGAUUGGCAAUAUUAAGUCAGAUGACCUUGUACUGGUCAAUAAUGAGCCAUGCUCUUUGAAUUUUGAACUGAAUGUCAAGCAGGACAUCACUGGACUAUGUGAUCCUGAUGAGGUGGUGAAAGAUCCGAUGGCUUUUAAAGUGAAAUAUCACCAUGGCACAAUUCCUGCGAGGUCAAAAGUCUGCUUUCGGUUCACUGUCCGGCCUGUUCGAAGGCUUCGUUACACCUGGACAAUUAGCUCCAAGAUUCUCUCUGCUAAAGUGCUGGAACCUGAUGAAAGUAAGGAGGGAAAACCUUUGUGUCGUGUGACAGCUGAUGGAGUCUACCCAAUGAUAUUCAUCUCGGAUGCUCGUUGUCUGGGGAGCAUUAGUGGCAUCAGCAAGCAGCAGCUCUGGCGCCUCUUCUCACUGGACACACUCAACGAGUACCUGCAGCGUGAUCCCACAGAGAGUGAGCAGCUAUACCAGGUGCCAACCAGACACUGCAUGAGUCGAUGUCCCUCGGUGUCUACUCCAGUGAUGGUGGAUUUCAACUUUGGAGCAGCACCCAUCUGUGCAGAUCCAUCCAUUGUCCUGCUAAUGAUUGAGAACAAAGAGAUGACACCUGCUGACUGGGCCUUCCUGUUUCCGAAAGACCAACAACUGGACGUGGAAUACUGGGCGGAGACUGGAGAAUUCAACCCCACUGAGCUGCACGAAAUGAGGAUUGACGAUAAUCGGCUCUUCACUGUGGAACCAAAAUCUGGAUGCUUGCUUCCUGGACAACGAGAAACCAUUCAACUAACUUACAGGCAUGAAUAUACAGGCACUGAUCGGAUCCCCAUUGUAUUGAAACUUUCACAUGGUCGUGAAAUUUUGUUAAAUUUCAUCGGCAUCACGGUGCCCAAAGAUCGUUGCUACAUUCACUUUCUUGUCACUCAUCAUAAGUUUGCACCAGUUUGUAUCAGCACUUCCAACCCACCUAAGCAGAUUUAUGAGCUAUACAAUGGAGGCUCGGUGCGAGUUAUAUAUGACAUUCAACUGGAUUCUGUGAAAGACGUUAAGGAGCAGAACUACAACCAUCCCAUCUUCCAGUGCCUGAACCCACGAGGAGAGAUCCAGCCAGGAAUGACUGCUUACAUUGAGUGGAUUUUCUCACCACUUGAGGCUCGAUCCUACUCGGUGAAUGUCCCUAUCCACAUCCUUAAUGGAGACUCUGCCUUGGUGACUUUCACAGGUAUAGGGUAUGACGCACGGGUGCUAGGCAGCAGUGCCUCUUUCAAUGACCCUUCUUCAUACUUUGGAGCUCCACCUAUUCAGCGAGCUCCAGUCCUCGGGCAGCUGAUGUUUUUGUCAGAAGAGCGGAUAUCUUUUGGAAAUGUUCCUGUCUUCACAAAAUCAAGCCGCAUGAUCUUCUUGUACAAUGUUUCCGAGACAGAAGAUAUUUCAUACAAAUGGUACGCGAUGUCAGUGCACAUCACUGAGGUUUUGAAUGUUAGUCCUGUCUGUGGAGUGCUUCAUCCUGGAGACAGCACACAUUGCAUUGUCACGCUGAGAACACAUAAAAACCCUUGCUUCUAUGACUUAGAUUUAAUCUGUGAGGUUUACUCCAAGCAACAGCUGACACAGUAUCAGAAGGAACUCCAGGACUGGGAGAAAGAGAAGGAACGGCAAGAAGUUGAAUUCACUAUCACAGAACGGGGUCUGCAGGACUGCCAACAGCCAGUGUUCCAAAGACAGUGUUGCAAAGACAUGCACAGAAUUUAUAGGAAGUCACAAAGGGAAGCAAGCAUUAUGAAGUACAAGACGCUCCCUCCAAUCAAGGAGCCGAAGGAAACAUGGGAAGGUCAACACAGUGAAAAACCCACCCCAGGAACAUGGCCGAAACCAACACCAGUUAAACCAUUCUUGCUACAUCUAGGAGUCACUGCCAGAUCCCAUUCCAUGGAGGAAUAUCACAAGAACUUUCCAGCAGAAGUUUCUAAGCACUACAUCUUGAGAAACCUUAUAUCAGAACCACUGUCGUCUAGUUCACAACCUGGAUGCAAGGAGAAAACAUGUGGAAAGUCGGAGAAUAAUUCAGCUGAUUGCCUCUUGUCUGCGUCAAAAGAAGACUGGAAGCUUGUAACUGAUAUCAUCACAACAGUUCUGAGGUGUCUGCAGGAAGACUGUCACUUUCAGCACGUACUGGUUGAAGGAACUGCUGAGCCCAUCCCUUAUUAUAGACAAUUCUGGAGUGAGGAUGCUGAAGAGUUGGCUCUGAAGAGCAAUGAGCUUGCAAAAUCGAAGGAUGCAGACGCUUCCCAGGUUCAGGAAUCGGACAAUAUCCAACCCAUAGAAACCAAAAAAGAGCAGAUCUCAUCUAUACCAGUGGCUUCUGAUGCUGGUGGGGAUCAGGAGCCAGACAAUACUCAAACAACAGAUGCUGACAUAGAAUUGACAUUGACUGUGACAAAGCACAGAGACUCUGUUCAGGAUCAGGAUGCGGACAACAGUCAACGAAAUGAAGGUGAAGGAGAGGAGGCCUCGACUGUAGCUGACAGCUCAGAUGAUGGUCUGAGCCAGGAACUGGAAAACACCCAACAGACAGAAACCGAAGAUGAGUUGACCUCGAAUAUACCACGGAGUUCCGAUGGCGUUCAGGGCCAGGAACUCGAUGACGCCCAACCAACGGAAGCCGAAGAGGAUGUGAACUCGAUGACAUCAGCAGUUCCUGAUGCAAAUCAGAGCUUGGAGCAGGCUGGUAAUGAAACGGAGGAAGACUGGCUGACUGAGGAAAUGCAAGCGUCAUUGAGUGCCAUUCGCAUGGAAGAGCAGCUCGCGCGGAGGCGAAAUCUGAAAAGAAUCCCGGAGUUCUGUGACUUCUUGGAAUCAAUUCUGGAGAACACGCUGCAGAACAUAUUGAUAGAAGCCAGUCGUGGGGAGGUCGUUCUGACAGCUCGACCUAGGGUAAUCAGUCUGCCUCCUGUAACAUCCAGAACUACUCUGGAGCCUUUUAGCAUCCAAGAUAUUUCACCGAGUAAGGAAGAAUUGGAUCGCAGCAUCCCCACGAGUGAACUUUUUGCUGAGGUAGAGUUCUCUAACCCAGAGAGUCCUGAAGCACCUUUGAGCUCUGACUAGGACAGUGAAUGUCGAUAUUCAUAUCUGCUUGGAAAUGGGAGAUCAGCAUCGAUCACAGUCAUGAAUGCGCAAGCUGUAUCUUAUGGCAAUUUUUCAUUAAAUAUGUGGCUGAAACCUGAAGACCACUACAAAUCUUACAUCUCAUUGACCGCCAGUGGCAUCAGCAGCCGUACUAUCUAAUGUUUGAACUGUUGCCCCUCACUUUCAGAAGUACUAAACCCUGGAUGAGGAGGCACUACUCUAGGUUUGGAGCAAAUAUUAGGUUAAACAAGAAAACAAUCUGAUUUGAACCGGAGGGGGGAGGGGGGAGGGGGGAAGAAAAUGAAAGCCACAAUUCUGGAACAUUCCAAAAAUUAAUGGAAUAAAUUAUAUUUGUUAGUUGUUAAGUAAACAAGGAUAGUUAGUUAAUGUUAAAAUGCAAGCAACUAGCAAGAUCCCCUUGGCCACGGUGUUGCAUAUUUUAGUUUGAAUGGUUAUGGAUGGAGUUAAUGACUAGGUUUUGCUAAGCAUUCCAAUAUUUGUUGUUAAAUAGAAUGCCA